AUGACGGAAUCUGGAGGUCUCUUUACAUCGCGCGCCGUGACCUGUAUCUUUAACGCCUUUUUGUCUUACACUGCCGUCAUGUUGAACAUUUUAACAAUUCUGGCGCUGAGAAAGACUUUUUCUUUGCCCAAGCCUUUAAAAACACUGCUUUUGAGUUUGGCCGUUUCUGAUCUUGGAAUCGGUUUGGUUGUCCAGCCUUUGCAUAUAUCACGUCUUGCCAUGGAGUUGCAAGCAGACACUGACAGCAACUCGUACUAUAAUAUUUGCAAUGCAAUACACAAAACAGGCGCUGUUUUCUUUUAUGCUUCUUUCCUUGGUGUUUCAGCCCUUACUGUGGACCGAUUCUUGGCGAUUCGUCUUCAUCCCAGAUACAAUGAACUUGUGACCCACAGGCGUGUCGUUGCUCUUGCGAUCCUGAUUUGGCUUUUCAGUGCUUUUACUUCGAUGGCUAGUGUCUGGAUUCCAAAAACUUUAAGAGUCGUCUUUGCUGUAGCUAUUGUUGCUGUUUGCUCCAUAGGUACAGUAUUUUUUUCUUGCAAGAUUUGGUUAGUGGCACGACGCCACAAAACUCUAAUCCAAACACUUCAAGCCGCAACCGGCAUCUCUCAACGUGGUAGAACAUCUGAUUCACAUUUCUUGAACUCUUCUUUGAAGGCUGCGCGAGUUUCAUUUUUGGUGAACCUAAUUUUUGUGGCUUGUUAUUUGCCAAAUACCCUUGCAAUUGCUACGGCUGCAAAAGGUAGCAAUAAACAAUCCGGGGUGGUAGAACAUUUGUCUCUCUAUACUUUGACAUUGUUGUUUCUCAAUUCUUCCCUCAAUCCUCUGAUUUACUGUUGGAAGAUGAGACAUAUUCGAUACGCCAUCAAAAGUAUUCUUCGG